AUGGCUCCCAAAAAGCCAGAGCCCAAGAAGGAUGACGCCAAGGCAGGCGCCAAGGCAGCUCCAGCUCCCGCACCUGCACCCGCACCUGUACCAGAGCCCCCCAAGGAACCUGAGUUCGAUGCCUCCAAGGUCAAGAUCGAGUUUACGCCGGAGCAGAUUGAAGAGUUCAAGGAAGCCUUCAUGCUGUACGACCGCACACCCAAGUGUGAGAUGAAGAUCACGUAUGGGCAGUGUGGGGAUGUCCUGCGGGCGCUGGGCCAGAACCCUACACAGGCCGAGGUGCUCCGAGUCCUAGGGAAGCCGAAGCAGGAAGAGCUUAACUCCAAGAUGAUGGACUUUGACACGUUCCUGCCCAUGCUCCAGCACAUCUCCAAGAACAAGGACACGGGCACCUUCGAGGACUUUGUGGAGGGGUUGCGGGUCUUCGACAAGGAGGGCAAUGGCACGGUCAUGGGCGCCGAGCUCCGCCACGUGCUGGCCACGCUGGGUGAGAGGCUGACAGAAGAUGAGGUGGAGAAGUUGAUGGCUGGGCAAGAGGACUCCAAUGGCUGCGUCAACUACAAAGCAUUUGUCACGCACAUCAUGUCCAGCUGAACCUCUUGCCCCAGUAGGCUUGCUUGGAAGCCACUUAAAGGUGCUUAGGAUGCCAGCCCUAGCUCCCAAGCUAACUCGGAGAGACAGUGAGCACCCUGUCCCAAGGGAUGUGCAAGCAGAGGGGAACCAGUUCCAGUCAGGAAGGCUGCAGAGGGAUUCUUGCUCUGCUGGAGACUGGAAGCACUUGGGUGUCCUCAGGCUCCAGGGCCCAACGUGUGACAAUAUCCAAGACAGUUUUCAUGGGAGAAGAAUAAGGCCCAUGUUGCGUGUUUUCCAUGAAGCUCAAUUUAUGCGUCUUCAAGGCCUGGCUGUUUUUAUUCAGGGACUGCCUUACUUCAUUUUUAUUUUUUUUGCCUUAAGAAUAUUAUUUUGUUCCUAAAACAAUGGUGAUGAUAGCUGGUGCAGUUGUUUUCCUUGUCUUUACUUGGCAAAAUAAGACCUUACAAGUCCAUUUUUAAGUUCUGAGGCAAUCACACAGUUUGUUGCAGUGAAAAUCUCCCCAAGUCCCUGGAUAGAGACCCUUGAAUGGGGCAGGUCCUUUCCAGGCUCAAGCCUCGUAUGAAUCAGGUGCCGACUGUGCUCCACCAUGAUGACUAACAGAGGCCUGGCCCUACCAGUUGGGAUGGAGCGGUGAGUGGAGACGUGGCAGGGGCAGUGCAGAUGAGCUUGGGGGUGGGGCACAUGAGCGAAGAUGCCUCAGCUCCCUUCGUUGGGGUGUCUGGGACCCUGAGAUUCCAGGUGUCCCCAGAUCGCCGGAUGCCCAUACCUGUGUGCACCUCUGGUGGGAAGCCAGUGGCAGUGACCUUUCACUCCUUGCUGCAGCACAUGGUGUGGGACGGUGGCUGCUGGGCAAGGAAGGCAAACACUGAAUGGCUUCUAGCUUUUGUGAAGAGAAACCGUGCUCAGGGCUGAGGGAUAAGAAGGGAAGCUGGGCACAUCCCAGGAGUACCAGGGGCUUCCUCUGCACGGCCUGGGCUGGGGGCCCCCAGGAGGGUAACACACCCAGAUCCCACAGCUCUAGGUGGAGACAGCUCGGGCCAGCUAGUAGCAAGCUGCUCUCCCUCUCAGGGGCUCGGGUGCUGUGUAGUCCGUCCCCCAGAGUGUGCCUUCCUUGCAGUAAGGGGGUCCCUGGGGUUGGUCUGGAGAGUAGAGCUGGAGGUGUGGGCAGGCCCUGGGCCCCCAGGCUUGCUGUGGCUCCAGGGCCACAUCACGGAGUGAUUCCUACCCUCCUGGGCACCUAAGGAUCCAUCCGUCAAGCCCCAUACUCAGGGUGGACAGGCCUGGCUAUAGGGUCAGCAGGGGCAAAAUGGUUACAGAGUGCCAAGAAUGACCUUGAGAUUCAUUUCCCAGCACGCCCAGGUUGCCUGCCCUGCCUGGGCUCCUGCCUCAGUUUCCUCUGUGGUCAGAGUCCCUCUCCUAGGUGGAGGCCCUGAACCCUGCAGGCUGCCUUCCUCUCCUAACUCUAGUAGGGCCCAUUUAACUCAUCAGUUCACAGUGAUCACACAUCUAUUGUGCUCCCAGCACUUCCCCAGGUGCCAGGAGCUUGUAGUGAACUCACGAAGAAAACGCUUUGGCCGGGUCCUGCUCUGGCCCUGGCCCAGUUCCCAGGUCUCCUGUCCUUGUGUUGUGCCUGUGACUUCAGACCUGAGUGAACAGGGAGGUGCACCUAAUUCCGUUCAUCUGGAGUGGGUACUGUGCCUGCCAGCCCGACUCUGACCUCAAAGUUGGGCAGGAAGGGGCCUCAGAUACCUGGGCCAACGUCUCUCCCAGGGUAAGACUGAUGAGCUGCUGCUUGCUUGAACACCCCCAGAAACAGGGAGCUCACCCCCUGUUGAGGCAGCUUGGCCAGGCAGGCGGCUCUCUGACGUAGGGCCAAAAUCUCUCCAGGCGUCUCUAGUCCUCAGAAACUGGGUCCUUAGAACUGUUUUUCCCCCGACCUGAACCCUCUGUGAUCCACUAGGCUGACCCCAGCCCUGCUAUUUUCUAGGUUGAUCCCUUGUUCCAGGAUGGGCCUUGCCCUCUGUAAGGCUGCUGAGCCAGUGGGGGCUCAGGGGUGUUUAGGGUUUUUUUUUAAUAGAAAUCUUUUUUUUUUUUUAAAGCACCCCAGUGUUUUCUUUCU